UUGUCACCUAUCCUCAAGAGCAUUUCUAGCAAUCCGGAUGCGAGAUCGGGUACUGGUCUUCCGGUGGAUGUCAUGACCAUCGACACAGAAUCCGAGGAUGGUCAGGAACUGGGUCGAAAGUUCAAGGUAUGUAUAGAAUUUCUGGCUAUCACUGCACUUCCGACAGUGAUUGCGUUCCGAGAAGGACAAAAUGUUCUGCAAUUUGUAGGUGCGCUUCCCGAAAGCCAUGUGUACGAAUUUUUGGGAAAGGUUUGA